GCUACCUCCCGUUGUAGUUGAUAUCACUGUGGCCGUACUACCGGCUGUUUUGAAUGAUUUAGCGGCGGAGAGGAAAGCCAAACUGGGAUGCGAGUAGUAUAAAACUCGCUUCGUUUAAAAGAAGUAGAGGAGCCAGUCUGCCCGUGGUUUAACAAAAGGUGUGACAGGUGAGACAGGUGAGACACUUUAUUACUGAGGGAGCGAGUGAGACAGAGUAAGAGACCAUGGACCAUCAGAGACAGAGAACUCUCUCCACAUCAGGAGAGUCACUUUACGUUGUGCUGGGAGUCGACAAGAACGCUACUACAGAGGACAUCAAGAAAUGUUACAGGAAACUGGCAUUGAAGUUUCACCCAGAUAAGAACCCAGACAACCCAGACGCAGCCGAGAAGUUUAAGGAAAUCAACAACGCUCACUCUAUACUGGCUGACACUACCAAGAAGAACAUCUAUGAUAAAUAUGGCUCCCUGGGACUGUACGUCGCAGAACAGUUUGGAGAGGAGAACGUCAACACCUACUUUGUUCUGUCCAGCUGGUGGGCAAAGGCCUUGUUUGUGUUCUGCUGCCUGGCCACAGGUUGUUAUUUCUGCUGUUGCCUGUGUUGCUGCUGUAACUGUUGUUGUGGUAAAUGUAAACCUCGGCCACCCAUGGACCAGGAUCCUGAGUUCUAUGUCUCGCCUGAAGACCUGGAGGCCCAGAUGACCGCUGAGGAAAGAGAUGGUGAACCAAUUGUGUUGCAGCCAUCCUCAGCCACAGAAACCACCCAGCUCACUGCUGAUGCCCACCACAGCUACAGGACCGAGGCAUACUAAAGAAGCACACACACCUGACAAUUACACACAAAUUCCACCAUAAUUGACCCAUGUCUAAGUCCCACCCCCCUGUGCUGUUGUCAUUACAUUAGCUGGAAACAGCCGAGUUUUGGCCUAAAAUGAAAGUUGUAGUGACUAAUGUGUAUAUUGUUUUUGCUUCGGCCGCUGGUUCAGUGGGAAAAAAAAAAAUACACAAAUUAACUCCUGUGAAUUCUAGGCUUUUAUAGUUUAGAUUUAGUUUAGUUAUGUUGUCUUUGUAUACCGAUCUUUUACUGUUGCACAGUGUGGGUGCUUUUAUAACAUGCCGAUUUAGUUGCAUAGUGUGUUUUACUAAUUUGAAAAUGUUCUUUUAUUUUUUAAUGUACGUUUAACUGAGCUAGCGAGAAAUACAGUAGCUUGUCCAUAUCAGCAGAAGUGGAUGUGCCCGGAUCUGUCGGGACCAUAACCUGGCUGCCCGUGAUCUUGAUCCUGUGCAUGUCAGAGGUUUAAAUGAUGACAUCUGAGCUGAAGCUGGAGUUGGUCAUAUCGUUAUAGGCGAUAAGUUAACAUUAGUUAGCUAGCAUUGUUAUUGUUUGCUGCACGUCGCUUCAGCAUUCCUCCCAGCAUGACUUUAUAAAACGCCAGAAAGCCACAGAAAAGUGAUAACAACCAAUGCUUUUCUAUGGCGGUCUCCGCUCAGAAUGUAGCUUGAAGCUGAUACUUGCUCUGAUUGGCCCGUGUGUGUUCAAGGGUGGGGCUUAGCCAUUGGUCAAUUACUGGACAGAUUUAAACUGCACACAUCUGCAGUAAUUAUCUAAUACCACACAUACACCAGCAAACAGUACUUGCCAUCACUUUAUCGGUUAGCCUGAGCACCACAGCUUCACCCAAAACUUUCCCCUCUUGAGUUUUGAAUCUGAGGUGAAGAGAGAAGAGACGGGGAGAAAAAAAGUAGAUGAGGAGAGCGUUUUAGUGGAACAGCCAAUAGGAGCGCCCCCUCUCUUUCUGACCUGCCCUUUGAUUGGUUAAAGUCUCCCUUCACAGACCAGGUUUUCCCAAGGCUGUAAACAGACUCUAUAAGGUCUCAGAUCAGUUGAUUUACAUUAUGUCGAAAGGUUAUUAGGGAAUUAUUGAUUAGUAACACCAAAAAUAUAAUUCAUACUUGUACUGGUAUUGACAGAAAGCAAAUAAAUAGAGCUCAGCUUUUAUGUAGUUUAUGGCUGCAACUAACAAUUAUUUUCAUUAUAGAUGAAUCUGGCUCCAUAAAAUGUCACAAAUCAUCCAAGUCAGAUGUUGGCAACAAACAAAAUAGAGCCUGGGUGUACUUGGAGGUGUUUAUUUGUGCCCUUAUUAUUACCACUCCUCCCUGAGUGUGCCGAAGGCAUCUCUCACUUCGACAGGUGCCGCACUGGCAUUGAUGCCAUUCCCUCACUUCUCCUAAAUCAAACAAAACGACAGAAAGUGUCUGCUCACUUGACUUCGGUUCAGCAAGGUCAGCGCGUCUCAGUUCUGACGUAACUUCUGCGGGGAAAGGAUGACCUUUACCAACUGUCAAGUUCUCACAAAGCACCAGGGCAGAGAUUUCUAAAAAUAAUGAAGUAAUUAAGUUUGAUGAAUGUGGCAUUUAGCCAGCUGCAGCAUCUCUCUCCGUCACCCAGUGCAGUUAUUCUGCGUGAUUAACCAAAAAUGGUUUCAGCUGCAAAACACAUCAGUCUUCAGACUCGACUGUCUUCCUCAUGGAAACACUGCAAACUAAUCUGUGCAGCUGUCUUUUACACGUGUGACACAUGACGGAGCAGACACAUGAAAAGCAACACCAGCUGCUCCAGUGUUGACUGUGACAGGCGUGUUUCCCUUCUCCAUCACAGGACAUCCAAGCUGUUUUAUGAUCAGUUACUCUAAUUAUUAUUUUUGGUUAUUAGUGAUUCACAGCGAUCGUCCUCGUCUUUCUGCCCUCCUCCUCUUCUUCUUUUUCACCUCUUUCUUCCCACACUGAAAGCUGUGUGUGUGCUGUGGGAGUCAGUGUUAUUGGUACAGAUAUUGUAACUGCAUCACCAUGCGCGAGUGACUGCUUUCUGUCACCGAGAAGGACACAGAUACACACAUACACUGAGUGAGCCCAGUUUGACUUUUAUUUUUCAGUUUGUUUAUGCGUGUAAGUAAAAAUGUGUCGUGUUGUAUGAAUGUAUAGAUUCCACUGUAUUUUUUUGAGUGGGUUGAACACUUUUUUCCCCCCCCCUCGGUCUCUGUAGAUUUGCUUUUCAUCGCUUUCUGUUGUCCUUAUUUAUGUUGUUAAUGAAGGGAGGAUAUCGGUAUCCAAAGUCUUAAUUGUUUAUGUGGCAACAGUUAGUUUUUUUGUAGAUGCUAAAAACCGUAGCACCUGGAAAACUUAUAACAAUCAAAACAAAUGCAUUAAAGCUACAGCUCUCCAGCUCUGCUAAAUAGAAAUACGGAAAUGUUGUUGUUGAUUGUGUAAACAUCUUUUAAGAAAAACAAAAACAUAAAACGUACCCAAAAACAGGCUGUAUUUUUCUUUGAUUACUCUAUAAAAACACACUCAUGUAUUUAUACAUAUCAUGGGAAAGUGCAGUAAGAGCUGAAUAAGUCCCGUCGAUGACUGCCCGUCUUUUAAUUAAGAAGACUGAUAUUUUGCUACAUUUCUCAUUUAUGUCACAAAUUCUCUGUUAGAUUGAACAGAUGUGUCAGAUUGAAUAUCGCCAUUUCUUGUAAACUCCUUUUAACUCCUUGUUUUGCUUUGUAAUCGUAUCUUAUUGUGUUUGUUUAUAUUUCCACUAACAUUAAUUUCAAGAGCUAUUUAAACAGUUUUUUUGUGAAACCAACUAUCUUCCCUUGAUUGGUUUUUCUGCACUGCGUCAUAUUAUGGCCGUUGAAAUGCCACAGUGUUAAACCCCUAACCCUCAAGUUAUGUCUCUAUAACUUGUCGUCUACAUCGACCAAACACAGAACAGUGUCUGAGUGAAUCCAGCAUGAAGUCAAAGUCAAAUACAGGAAACAGAUCUUCUGUUACAUCUGUAGCAUUGACGUAAACAAUCUGCUGUGUGAAUAUAGCAACCAUGUGGUAAUAUUCAAGCUUCAUUUUAUUUAUCUUACUUUUGAUUAAUUACGUAGCUGUUAUGUCAAGGAGAUGUAUAGAAUUUUUUGGAUGUGAAUCGUUUUGAAAUUGAAAUGAUAAAAUGGCAGACCUGCUGUAUAUAUAUAUACACACACACACACACACACACACCGUGGCACAGUACAUAGAGAUGUAGAGUUUUUUUUCUGUUUGUAGCAUGGACUAAUACUGUUUGUCUGUCAGGCAGACAUAUGGGUAAAUUAAGUAUCUGAUGUACUGUUGUAAAAUAAAUGUUUCUGAUGCUUCA